GGGGCGGAGCCUGAGGAGGCCUGAGACACAGAGGGUGUUAAAGAGGCAGCCGGAGACAAUCCUGGGGUCCCCCCCCCCACUCUUCCUACGCUAUCAUGGAAACCUCUGGCCCCCUCAUCCAUGUGGACUUCCCCGAUGUGGCCAGCUCCCUCCUGGAAAGCCUCAACCAGCAGCGAAUGGAAGGAAAGCUCUGUGACGUCUCCAUCCACGCGCAAGGACGCGUCUUCCGAGCCCACCGCGCAGUACUGGCUGCCUCUUCCCCAUACUUUCAUGACCAGGUGCUGCUUAAGGGCAUGAGUUGCGUGGUUCUGCCUAAUGUAGUAGACCCCGGGGCCUUUGAAGCCGUGUUGUGUGCUGCCUAUACGGGUCGCCUGACCAUGCUAGCCGACGAGAUCGUCAAUUACCUGACGGUGGGCAGCGUUCUCCAGAUGUGGCAUGUCGUAGAUAAGUGCUCCGAGCUCCUGAAGGAGGCUCGAGCCAACAACAGCUCCAGUAGCGCAGAAGGAGCUGGAAGCAGUAGUAAUGUCCCAACACCACAGAGACCUCAUUCUGGAAGGGCCAGCGAGAACCAGUCUCCCAGCAGCAGCAACUACUUUAGCCCGCGGGAGGCACCAACUGAACCUUGCGCGGAGAGGAGUAGAAGACGGAGCGAUGUAGCAAGUGAAACUGCAGAGGAAGCGGGAGUUGAGGAAGACCAAGGAGGAGGAGAGGCUUCUAUUGCAAGCUGUUCCAGUUACAGAAGGCCAAGCAUUGUGCCACAGAGGCAUUGGGUGUAUGUGAAGAAAGAACGGCCUCACCAGGGCCUUGUGUUGACAUGUGAAGGUGAGGAGGAAGAAGAUGAAGAAGAGCUUGAGGAGGACGAAGAUGAAGAGCACUUAAGUAUAAGUGACGUCCGUACUCUCAAUGCCCCAGAGGAACAGGUCAACUUCUGCGAGCCCUCAGAUGGCAUGCCUUACGAGGAAGGAACAGCCGCCAGUUCCGGCUACCCGCAAGGUCCUCCACUCCUGCCUCUGGACAUGCAAGGAAACCAGCUGCUGGUCUUACCUUCUGGGCACGGGGCAGCCGGGCAAGGGGGCACAGGGACAACCCAAGGAGAAGGCGGAAAGAUCUUCCUGUGCCAUUGCGGGAAAGCGUUCUCUCACAAGAGCAUGCGCGACCGACACGUCAAUAUGCACCUCAACCUUCGCCCCUUCGACUGCCCCGUGUGCGGAAAGAAGUUCAAGAUGAAACACCACCUCACGGAACACAUGAAAACGCACACAGGCGUAAAGCCGUACGAGUGCGAAGUGUGCGCCAAGAAGUUUAUGUGGAGAGACAGUUUCAUGAGGCAUCGCGGGCACUGUGAAAGGAGGCACAGGGCAGUGGCAGGAGGGGGAGGAACUGGGCAAGGAAUUACCGAAGCCCCAUCUGUGUAACACAGGCAAGGGGGCAGAGUGUGGAGACAGAAGGGUGACAAGAGGUACGGACUAG